CGCCUCCCCAAUCCUGCCCGACGGACACGUCUCGGGGCGCUUUCCUUAACGAGGGUGUACGCCCUCCCACUUCCAACACUUUAAAAUAAUAUGUUCCGCGAAACCGAGAAGCUCUCAGCUGCACCUCGGCGUCCUGACACACCUCAGAACCUGCCCCAGCAAAGCGCCGUUCCAACGCAGGCCCAGAACCCUAGCGGAGCCGGCCAGUUCCUACCCCCUCCUUGGAGGACCGUGGGUGACGCUCUUGCAGAGCACCUCUCGCUGGUCGGGGCGGAGGGUGGGUGGAGCCAGUGCCGCCCGGGCUGUGCAAGCGGAGGGUGCGUACACUCUGGCCCGGCUCUCGGUGGUGCCGGAGCGGGAGGGAGUAGCGGCCGCUCUGGUCGGCGGACGUGCUGCCGAGCAGUCCCGGAAGCGAAGCAGCGAUGGCGGAGAGUCCGACUGAAGAGGCGGCGACGGCGACGGCGGGCCCGGGAGCGACGGGCCCAGGGGCGAGCGGCGUCGCAAGCGUUGUCGGCGUCAGCAGCAGCGGCGGCGGGUUCGGGCCGCCUUUCCUGCCCGACGUGUGGGCGGCGGCGGCGGCAGCGGGUGGGGCCGGGGGCCCGGGGAGCGGCCUGGCUCCACUGCCCGGGCUCCCGCCCACGGCCGCUGCCCACGGGGCCGCACUGCUUAGCCACUGGGACCCCACACUCAGCUCCGACUGGGACGGCGAGCGAACCGCGCCGCAGUGUCUCCUCCGGAUCAAGCGGGAUAUCAUGUCCAUUUAUAAGGAGCCUCCUCCAGGAAUGUUCGUUGUACCUGAUACUGUUGACAUGACUAAGAUUCAUGCAUUGAUCACCGGCCCAUUUGACACUCCUUAUGAAGGAGGUUUCUUCCUGUUCGUGUUUCGGUGUCCACCCGACUAUCCCAUCCACCCACCUCGGGUCAAACUGAUGACAACGGGCAAUAACACAGUGAGGUUUAAUCCCAACUUCUACCGCAAUGGGAAAGUCUGCUUGAGUAUUCUAGGUACCUGGACUGGCCCUGCCUGGAGCCCAGCGCAGAGCAUCUCUUCUGUGCUCAUCUCUAUCCAGUCCCUGAUGACUGAGAACCCCUAUCACAAUGAGCCUGGUUUUGAGCAGGAAAGACAUCCAGGAGACAGCAAGAACUACAAUGAAUGUAUUCGGCAUGAGACCAUCAGAGUAGCAGUCUGUGACAUGAUGGAAGGAAAGUGUCCCUGCCCUGAACCCCUUCGAGGGGUGAUGGAGAAAUCCUUCCUGGAGUAUUAUGACUUCUACGAGGUAGCCUGCAAAGAUCGCCUUCACCUUCAAGGCCAGACUAUGCAGGACCCUUUUGGAGAGAAGCGGGGCCAUUUUGACUACCAGUCCCUCCUGAUGCGCCUGGGACUGAUUCGACAGAAAGUGUUGGAGAGGCUCCAUAAUGAGAAUGCCGAAAUGGACUCUGAUAGCAGUUCAUCUGGGACAGAGACAGACCUGCACGGCAGCCUGAGGGUUUAAACCCUGUUCCCCUCUCCCCGCCCCCACUUGAGAGUCCCAGCAAAAGUACCUUCCCCACACCCCAGGGAUGGAGAGGCACUGUGUAUCUCCCUCCAGAUGUGAUGUCAUCCCGCAAGAUGGGAAGAACCAAGCCAGCUUGGAUCCCAGGGUGUGAGAGUUGGGGAGGCUGGUCCUGAUCUGAUCUCCUUGGCUGUCAAGCAUCUGGACAACCUAGGGCGACAGCCUCUGACAAAAACAAAACAACCAACACACCUCUCCACAGGGCCAGCUCCUUAGGGACAGUGGGAGACAUGUAAUUUCAAGAGGGAGUGUGCCCAAACAAUUUAUGGGGUUAUCCAGAAGGGAGCGUGGGGUGGGGGUGGGGUGGGGGCUGUCUGUGACACUUAAGCAGUCUGGGUGGGUGUCUGUCAUCAGUCUUGAAGCAGGGCUUCCCAAAUGCCCUUUUCCUCAUUGCCUCUUUUUCCACAUUUGCCAUGGGCCAGCAUAACUUUGUUUUCCUAAUUUAUAGUCACUGUUCUAGACAGACCAAAGAGAAGGAACAGUGGUGGAGUCUAGGCUGCUGAAAAGUAAGCUUUACCUAGCACCUGAGCACCUUUCUCCUGCCUCCCUUUCCCUCACCCAUAUUUCUGGAUUUAAGACAGAAGGUAAAUGUGGCUGGGACCAAAGCAAGGUCUCAGUAAAGCCUGCCCAGGCACUAUAAGAAGCUGAAAGAAAAUACUGUUUAUUCCUGCAAUCACUGAUUUGAAAAAGUUCCCAACACAGGCACUUCCGUGUAUAUGGGAUUAGAGCCACUACAUAGAAUAGUCUCAUAGAUUUUCAUAAAUACUAGUUACAAUAUUAUAUGGGAGCAGGGUGUAUUUUAUUUGCUGUCCUUGUGUAUUUCCAACCCAACUUAAUAAAUUCCCCCUCCUCACUAAGCCCAGGGACUUAUGAGGAGCAAGGGUAGCCAAAGGCCUAAGGGCAUUGGGGCUAGGACUCUGGACUCCGCUCUUCUUCUCUCCCCCUCCCGCCCAGCAUCUCAUUGUUACUGGCUCUGAUGGGUAUUUGCCUGACUGUAUUGCUUCUCUUACCUGUAUUUAGCUACAGUGACCCUUUAGCUGGUUGGUUCAGAAAAAAAAAUGUGCUUUAGGUGUCCUGUGAAUACUGGGCAACAAGGGAAUCCAUCCUCCCCCUUUUUGAUGUGUUCUCCCAUAUUUCCAGAUUCUUCUUGUUAUGGCUCUCAGUGGACUCAGUGAUCCACAUGAUGCAGGGCCUCAGUAUCCAGCCACAUUGAAGGGAGAGGAUAACUUGGUCCUGCCCCUGCCCGCUGCUAUGUAGGCCUCUGCCUUACAGAUCAUGGAACUUCCCUGGGGAUGAGGGACUGUAGGGAGAGGGGUUGGACAUUCUCAAAAGAGAAAUGUCCCACUUGGAAGGGCAGGAAGCAAAGAAACUGGACAGAAAAUGGGUUUGGGGAACAAGUUUGUCUUGGCUACCUGAAGGCUGUGUCACUUCACAUGGAAACUCAAGAGAAAGGGACACCAUCCAUUUCCAGUUUCCCCCUUCCAUUCCCAGAGCUAGAAAGGUCUGUUGGUCCAGUGUUUUCUGUCAUUCAUUUUUAAGUGUUCCCAAUUUCAAGUGACAAUCCUCUCCCUGGUCCUGCCAUGGGGCAGAGCAUGUCUGGCAUACUGGCCCGACUUUAACGCCCUAAUCUUGAGUUGAGAAAAUGUAUGCACAGGAGUCAAAGAGAUGUCUUUAUAUCUGACUGUACAUAAAUGAAGUUUUUUUUUUUUUCCCCUUUUUGGUGCAAUAAAGUUUGUUUUGGCAGAA